CACCUCUUUCUUCCAAGGCCAAGGCUCUUCCACGUUGCUCUGCAACUGCUUUCUUUAAUUGUUCUUGGAUCCACUAUUGACUUCCCUUGCAAACCAACAAACAUGGCUGGGGCUAUAGUAGGAGGAGCACUUCUCUCGGCUUCUAUCGAGGUUCUACUUCACCGGAUGGCUUCUCGCGAGGUCCUCACCUUCCUCCCGCGACAGAGACUCAGUGCUACGCUCCUAAGGAAGUUGAGGAUAAAAUUGCUGGCAGUUCAGGUAGUGCUCGACGACGCUGAGGCCAAGCAAUUGACAAAAUCAGCUGUAAAAGAUUGGCUGGAUACCCUGAAAGAUGCUGUGUAUGAUGCAGAGGACCUGUUGGAUGAUAUCACCACUGAAGCUCUACGCUGCAAAAUGGAGUCUGAUGCUCAAACCAGCGCAACUCAGGUACGUGACAUCACCUCUGCCUCGCUUAAUCCGUUUGGUGAGGGGAUCGAGUCCAGGGUAGAGGAGAUCACUGACAAACUAGAAUAUCUUGCACAAGAAAAAGAUGUUCUGGGAUUGAAAGAAGGCGUUGGAGAAAAAUUGUCACAAAGAUGGCCCUCGACUUCCUUGGUAGAUGAGUCUGGGGUGUGCGGUAGGGAUGGUGAUAAAGAGGAGAUAGUUAAAUUUUUGUUGUCCCAUAAUGCAAGUGGGAAUAAGAUAAGUGUGAUCGCCCUGGUGGGUUUGGGCGGUAUUGGAAAGACCACACUUGCUCAAUGGGUGUAUAAUGAUAGGAGAGUGGUGGAAUGUUUUGACCUUAAAGCUUGGGUUUGUGUUUCCGAUGAAUUUGAUCCUGUCAGGAUAACGAAAACCAUUCUUAAGGAAAUCGAUUCUGGGGCUUCUGAAAAAUAUUCUGAUGAUAGUGAUUUGAAUCUGCUUCAACUUAAAGUGAAGGAGAGACUUAGUAAGAAGAAAUUCUUACUUGUCCUUGAUGAUGUUUGGAAUGAAAACUAUAAUAAUUGGGAUAUGCUACAAACUCCAUUCACCGUUGGUCUAAAUGGAAGUAAGAUUAUAGUAACUACACGUAGUGAUAAGGUUGCAUCGGUCAUGCGUUCAGUUCAUAUUCAUCAUUUGGGACAGUUAUCCUUUGAGGACUGCUGGUCGCUAUUUGCAAAACAUGCAUUUGAAAAUGGAGAUUCUAGUCUACGUCCAGAACUAGAAGAAAUUGGCAAAGGGAUUGUAAAGAAGUGUAAAGGAUUGCCUUUGGCUGCAAAGACCCUAGGGGGUGCCUUAUACUCAGAGUUACGAGUAAAAGAAUGGGAAUUUGUGUUGAACAGCGAAACGUGGGAUUUACCGAAUGAUGAAAUUCUCCCCGCCUUAAGGUUAAGCUAUUCUUUUCUUCCUUCACAUUUAAAGCGGUGUUUUGCAUAUUGCUCAAUUUUUCCUAAGGACUACGAAUUUGAAAAGGAAAAUUUGAUUCUAUUGUGGAUGGCAGAAGGCUUUUUGCAACAAUUUGAAAGCAAGAAAACAAUGGAAGAAGUGGGUGAUGGGUACUUUUAUGACCUAUUAUCAAGGUCAUUUUUUCAAAAGUUUAAUAGUCGACGUAAAUCAUAUUUUGUAAUGCAUGAUCUCAUUAACGACUUAGCUCAACUUGUUUCUGGAAAAUUUUGUGUUCAAUUGAAGGAUGGUAAGAUGAAUGAAAUUCUUGAAAAGCUUCGCCAUUUAUCAUAUUUUAGAAGUGAAUAUGACCCGUUUGAGAGAUUUGAGACCCUAAAUGAAGUUAGUGGUCUUCGUACCUUCUUUCCUUUGAAUUUGAGAACUUGGCCUCGAUGGGACAAGGCUUCAAAGAUUAGAGAGCCAAGUAUAUUGUAUCAUUGGCAUGUUGAAGAUUUUCGAUUGAGCGAUAGAGUUUGGAUUGGUUUCUUAUUUAAAGUUCAAUAUUUACGAGUAUUAUCAUUGUGUUACUAUAAGAUAACAUAUUUGUCUGAAUCAAUUGGUAAUUUGAAACAUUUGCGCUAUUUGGACCUUACCUAUACACUCAUCAAAAGGUUACCUGAAUCGGUUUGUAGUUUGUAUAAUUUACAAACAUUGAUAUUAUACUAUUGUGAAUGCCUUGUUGAAUUGCCUAAAAUGAUGUGCAAAAUGAUUAGCUUACGUCAUCUUGAUAUCAGGUAUAGCAAAGUGAAAGAGAUGCCAAGUCACAUGGGUCAAUUAAAAAGUCUACAAAAAUUGAGUAACUAUAUAGUGGGCAAGCAAAGUGGGACAAGGGUUGGAGAGUUGAGGGAGCUUUCCCACAUUGGUGGGAGUCUUGUCAUUCAAGAGCUGCAGAAUGUGGUUGAUGCUAAGGAUGCCUCAGAGGCCAAUUUGGUAGGCAAGCAAUAUCUGGAUGAGUUAGAGUUGGAAUGGAAUCGUGGUAGUGAUGUUGAACAAAAUGGAGCAGAGAUAGUGCUGAACAACUUACAACCUCAUUCAAACUUAAAGAGACUCACUAUUUACGGUUAUGGUGGUUCAAGAUUUCCAGAUUGGUUAGGUCCUUCAGUUCUGAAUAUGGUGUCGCUACGUCUCUGGAAUUGUACGAAUGUGUCAACCUUCCCACCGCUUGGGCAGCUACCCUCUCUUAAACAUUUAUAUAUAUCGGGGUUGGAGGAGAUAGAAAGGGUGGGCGCAGAGUUUUAUGGGACUGAGCCCUCCUUUGUCUCCCUAAAAGCUCUAUCAUUUCAGGGUAUGCCAAAAUGGAAGGAAUGGUUGUGCAUGGGAGGCCAAGAUGGAGAAUUCCCUCGUCUCAAGGAGCUUUGUAUAGAGAGGUGUCCCAAGCUAAUAGGAGCCUUACCAAACCAUCUGCCUUUGUUGACGAAACUAGAGAUUGUAGACUGUGAGCAGCUUGUGGCUCAACUUCCAAGGAUUCCAGCCAUCCGUGUAUUGACGACGCGCAGCUGUGACAUCUCACAGUGGAAGGAACUACCACCACUACUGCAGGAUCUCUCAAUUCAAAAUUCCGACUCUUUGGAGUCCAUACUGGAGGAGGGAAUGUUGCAAAGUAAUACUUGUCUUCGACACUUGAGAAUCAGAAAUUGCUCUUUUUCGAGACCCUUGUGCAGAGUUUGUUUGCCCAUUACAUUGAAUUCGUUACAUAUAGACGAGUGUAAGAAACUAGAGUUUCUCCUACCUGAGUUUUUAAAAUGUCACCACCCUUCCCUUCACCAUUUGGAUAUCUUCAGAAGUACUUGCAAUUCUCUCUCAUCCUUCCCACUCGGCAACUUCCCAAGUUUAACUCACCUCACUAUCUGGGAUCUCAAGGGGCUUGAAUCCCUCUCCAUUUCAAUUUCAGAGGGCGAUGUUACAUCUUUUCAUGAGUUGUACAUCGGAAGUUGCCCUAAUCUUGUGUCUAUUGAAUUGCCAGCUCUCGACUUCUCACGAUAUUCCAUCUUCAACUGCAAGAAUCUCAAGUGGCUGCUGCACAACGCUACAUGCUUUCAGUCAUUAACAAUAUUUGGUUGUCCUGAAUUGAUAUUCCCAAUACAAGGUCUGCAAGGACUGUCCUCUCUUACCUCUCUCAAAAUCUCACAUCUUCCAAAUCUCAUGUCCCUUGAAAGUUUGGAGCUUCAACUGCUCACCUCUCUUAAAAAAUUAGAGAUCCGUAACUGCCCCAAGCUCCAAUUCUUGACAGAAGAGCAGCUGCCCACCAACCUUUCUGUUCUAACAAUCCAGAACUGCCCAUUGCUGAAAGAUCGGUGCAAGUUUGGGACAGGGGAAGAUUGGCAUCAUAUAGCUCACAUUCCACACAUUGUGAUCGAUGACCAAGUUUUGUAAUGAAGGUGGCAUAACACCAAUUUAUAGUCAGGUCAUCUGUGAUGCUUCACUCUGGCUCUGAUCAACAUAUCUUCAUAAGGAAUCUUUUAAGACUCCUUGCUUAAUUAGUGCCUUGUCAAAUGCUUCAGAUUUCAUUUAGAGUGAAUUGAUGCUUAAAAGCCAAGCAGCUCUGCAGCCCUUUGAUCCUUGUUCUCUCAACAAACUCUAGCUGUCUAGCAAUGAUUUCCAACGGACCAUUUUUUUGUUGUGAGUUCAGGUUCAUGACUCUCUUUUUGGACAACAGUAGCCGAGAUUUUUUGCACCCAAAGAAUCAUGAGUUGAUACUCUGCUGGAGGAACUACAGAAGCUCAACUCUGUUGGAGAGUGGAGGAUGCAGCAGGCUCUAUGAUUCCAGUUCUUUGAGGUUGCAUCUGCGUUGAUAUCUUAGUUCUUCUCUAAAAACAACAGCUUUGAUUAAUCUGCAGAUGUUCGGUUUAGGCACCUCAAACUCAAAAUCUUCAGCUUCUGUCAUGCCAUCUUCUCAUUUACAUGAUUGUCAUCCACCUUUGAGCUUUACUUUGUUAAUGGGUCUUCCCUCCAACCUAAAUUCACUUACAAUAACAAACUGCAACAAACUUACAUCCCACAUGGACUGUGGCCUGCAAGGGCUGGCCUCUCUUACCUCUCUCAAAAUCUCAGGUCUUCCAAAUCUCAGGUCCCUGGACAGUUUGGGGCUUCAACUGCUCACCUCUCUCCAAAAAUUAGAGAUCUGUGACUGCCCCGAGCUCCAAUCCUUGACAGAAAAGCUGCUGCCCACCUCCCUUUCUGUUCCAACAAUCCAGAACUGCCAUUGCUGAAAGGUCAGUGCAAGUUUUGGACAAGGGAAGAUUGGCAUCAUAUAGCACACAUUCCAAACAUUGUGAUCGAUGACCAAGUUUUGUAAUGAAGGUUAUCAGUAAUUCUUCUCUCUUGUAAAUUGAUGCUUAAAAGCCAAGCAGCUCUGCAGCAACAAUCCUUCCAAUGGGACCUUUUUUUAUCGAGUUCAAAGACUCUGUCUGGAAGAUUGUAGCAGAUAUUUUCUGGCAUCCAUAGACUCAUGAUUGAUAAUCUGCUUGAGGAACUGAGAAAGCUCAACUCUGUUAGAGAGUGGAGCAUGCAACAUGCUCUAUGAUUCCCAUUAGUUCUCUGUGUUAAUAUUCUAGUUCUUCUCUAGAAAAAACAGAUGCUUGGAGAAGAGAGAAGUCAAACCAUAUUCUCUGUCAUAGCAGUGCAGAGUAUGGUUUUGUUCCACCAAGUUCAGAAAUUGUGAACGUAUUGGAUCUGCUCAUACCACCUCCCUUCAUGAUGAAUUUUAACAACUCAGUACUUGGACGAUGGCUACUCAACUAAAUCCUAUUUAUUGGACCACAAUUUGAGCUUUUCUUCCUAACUCAGAUGGUGGCACUUUGAUUCUUUGGAACAGUUGUAGGAGGAAGCUUUGCCAAAGCCUCCCUAUGCAAUACAUGGGCCUUUGGCUGCAAGUGAGAUUUGAAGAUUCUAUUCUCUCUUGGAAGACUACAACUCAUUUUUUUUUUUAGUUUUGAGCCUUGAGCUUUUACUUCCAAGCAUGUGCAAAGAAGAAAGAAAGCAACAACAAACGUCCACUUAUAGAAGUUUUACAUGGAGUGAGACUCCCAUGGAAAAUAUUGUAGCUAUUGGUUUGUCAACCUUGAAGGUUAUAGUUUUGUUUCCCAUUGGAUCUUUAAGGAAUGUGUUUAUUGAAUCAUACAUUUUGAACUUACUAUUGAUUUUGUGUAUAUACAUAAAUAUAAAUGAUGUUUUCUUCUUCAUUCA